AUGUCUAACUCAACCCUUUUUGCUACUUUGAGCAAAGGUUUUCAAGCUUCAUCUUGGAUAGGAGACCAUACAUAUAACAUGAGCACUCGAGCGGCCAGGUAUGUAAACCGAAGGAAGGAUCAGGUGGACUUAGACCUCAAUAGUGCGCCACCUGGUGACAAUCGGGAUCAGGAGGGAACUUCAACCCCGGCGGAUCCUCAGAAUAAUCAAGCUACCCUGCAAGGGCAGUAUGCACCACCUAAUAUGAUUGAUGUUGAGGCUAUUGAUGAUGAUGUUAUUGAAUCCUCCCCCAGGGCUUUUGCUGAGGCUAAAAACAAUGCCAGGAGGAACCAAAGAAGGAUCACUGUUGAUGUGGAUUUAGAACGAACUAGGGUCACUCGUAACAAGCGCAGAAGAGUUGCACCAAACCAAACAAUAAUUAAUUGUGAUUUCUACAUAAAUUUGGAAAGCAAUAACAAUUCCAGCUCCACGAAAGAAAGUGUUGCACAACCAGCACCUCCCCCACCAAAGGAGCCAACUUUUAGCUGCCCCAUCUGCAUGGCCCCAUUAGUUGAGGAGAUGUCAACGAAAUGUGGUCACAUUUUCUGUAAGGCAUGCAUUAGGGCUGCGAUAGGUGCACAGGGUAAAUGCCCUACGUGUAGGAGAAAAGUAACUAUGAAAGAACUCAUUAGGGUAUUCCUUCCUACGACCAGAUGA